ACCGGAGCCGCCAAGGUCCGGUCGCCGCGCGGGGAGAUGUUCCCCGCCGGGCCCGGUGCGUCGACGCACCAGGUUCGCGGCGCCUCCACUUCCGCUUCCGGUUGAAAAUGGCGGCGGCCGUGGCGGCCACGGCCCUGCCAGUCGCCUUCGGGCGGCUGGUGUCCGCGUGCGGCCGUAGCAUCCUCAGACCGUCGGGGCCCGGAGCGGGUGAGGCCAGGGCCGCGGGUGAAGGGAGGAAGUGGGCCUCCCUGUGGUCCGCUUCCCGAAGGUUCCAGUCACAGAGCACCUCGCGUCCAGAAGGAUACGUUCCUAAGACAUCCCUGAGUUCACCCCCUUGGCCUGAAGUCGUUCUGCCAGACCCCGUCGAGGAGACCAGACACCACGCAGAGGUCGUGCGGAAGGUGAACGAGCUGAUCGCCACGGGCCAGUACGGCCGGCUCUUUGCCGUGGUGCACUUUGCCAGCCACCAGUGGAAGGUGACCGCCGAGGACCUGAUUCUCAUCGAAAAUGAGCUAGACCUUGCGUGUGGAGAGAGGAUUCGGUUGGAGAAGGUCCUGCUGGUCGGCGCUGAUGACUUCACGUUGCUGGGCAAGCCGCUCUUGGGGAAGGAUCUUGUUCGCGUAGAAGCCACCGUCAUUGAAAAGACAGAAUCGUGGCCAAAGAUCAACAUGAAGUUUAAGAAAAGGAAAAACUACAGGAAGAAGAGAAUUAUUGUGAGCUCGCAGACCGUCCUCCGGAUAAACACCAUUGAGAUUGCUCCGUGUCUGUGCUGAUCGUCGAGCCGGCAUUUGCAGAAACAUAAAAAUAAACCCUUUUUCCAGGA